UGUGUACGGAAGUAAAAUGGUUUCUUCUUCUGCCGAACUGGUUUCGCAACGAAACGCAAAUAUGACGUGUUUUUACAGAGGAGCGCCGGUCUGCGACGCAUUCAACGUUUGAGGCGAAUCGAUUUGAAGCUAAUGCGUUUAUCAUGACUUUAACGGCCGAGGACGCGCUCGUGGAGAGCAGAUGAACCAGAGAGCGGAGUGCAGAAUGAACUCCGAGGACGUCCUGAAGAGCGCCUCCACCCUGGCCUCAUAUAACGUGCUGCUUCAGGUGGUGUUCCGGCUCCUAACCUUCUUACUGAACGCCUUCACCCUGCGCUUUGUGUCCAAAGAGCUGAUCGGUGUGGUCAACGUCAGGUUGACGCUUCUGUACUCCACCUUGGUGUUUUUGUCCCGCGAAGCUUUUCGUAGAGCGUGUCUGAGCGAGGGCUCUCUGACACCCCACAGAUGGAGACUUGUCAUCAACCUGCUGUGGCUGACGCUGCCCCUGGGUCUGCUGUGGGCAGUGCUGCUGGGGGGUGUGUGGCUGUGGCUCCUGGAGGCCCCUGACCCGGCGGCAGUGCCUUUCUACGGCCCGGCUGUGGUGGUCUUUGCCGUGGCAGGAGUGCAGGAGCUACUUGCCGAGCCUCUUUGGGUUCUGGCCCAGGCCCAUAUGUUUGUGCGGCUGAAGGUUGUGGCUGAGAGUUUGGCAAUGAUCGCCAAGUGCAGUGUGACGGUGGUGCUGGUGGUGGCGGCCAGCGACUGGGGCCUUUACAUCUUCUCAGCAGCUCACAUGGUGUACACUGGGGUCCUGGUGCUCUCUUAUCUGCUCUACUUUCUACGUUUUUUGGGCUCAGCCGAGGCUAAAAAGAGAAACUUUCCCUUGCGCUCUGCGAGUGAUCUGCUGCCUCACAGCACUGAUGGACAGCCCCUGGUGGACUGGAGCCUGGCCCGACUCACCUGGAGCUUCUUCAAACAGUCCUUCCUGAAGCAGAUCCUGACAGAGGGCGAACGCUACGUCAUGACCUUCCUCAAUGUCCUCAGCUUCGGAGACCAGGGGGUCUAUGACAUCGUCAACAACCUGGGCUCCAUGGUGGCCCGCUUCGUCUUCCUGCCCAUCGAGGAGAGCUUCUACGUCUUCUUUGCCAAAGUCCUGGAGCGAGGCCUGGAUGUCAACAGCCAGAAGAAGGAGGACGUGGGCAUGGCCGCCCAGGUGCUGGAGAGUCUGCUGAAGCUGGUGCUGGUUAUCGGCCUGAUCAUCACUGUCUUUGGAUAUUCCUACUCUCACCUGGCGCUGGAUGUUUACGGCGGCUCUCUGCUCAGCACCGGAGCAGGUCCCACUCUGCUGCGCUGCUACAGCUGCUACGUGCUGCUGCUGGCCGUGAACGGUGUCACCGAGUGCUUCGUGUUCGCCGCCAUGAGCCAACGGGAGGUGGACAGCUACAACCUGGUGAUGCUGGCUCUGUCCGUGUCCUUCCUCUUCCUCUCCUACCUUCUGACCGGGUGGGCGGGAGCCGUGGGCUUCAUCCUGGCCAACUGCAUCAACAUGGGCCUGCGGAUCGUCCACAGCCUCCUCUUCAUCCACCGCUACUUCCAGCCCAGCGCCUGGAGCCCACUGCGAGGCCUGGCGCCUGCUCCGCCGCUGCUGCUCUCCCUGGCUCUGUCUGCGGUGGCCACGGCAGCCAGCGAGAGUCUUUUCUGCUGCCACAGUGGUUGGCUCUGGAGACUGGUCCACGUCGGCGUGGGAGCCCUUUGUCUUCUAGGGGUCCUCACAACUGUUUUACUGACGGAAACCAGACUCAUCCAGUUUGUCAGGACUCAUCUUCUGCCCCGCUACAGGACCAAAAAGACUUGAAGAGGAUGAGGAAAGUACAGUGUUCCGACUCUGGACACCUGCCGUGGCUUUGUAUGGCACCACAGCUCAGGAGGUGCAAUCGUGUGGAAGAAAACAAAACAGCUGCCUCCAGAUUUGAACAGAUAUUUUUACAAAUGUUCAUCAUUUUGUCAUCAUCAUGUUAAAGUGAAUCAAGUUUACCAAGCACAGAGAACCAGUGGACCAGGAUUAAAUCAUGUGACAAACCGUU